GCGUGCGCCCCUCCCCCGCAGCUUGGUGCAGCCCAGGCGGGGCGCUAGCGGCGGGAGGUGGAGCUGCUGCUGUAGCCACCAGGGUAGGUCGGCACCGCGGGAAGCUGCAGACGACCGCGCGCGGGCUGUUGCUGGUCCCCGCGUGGAAGAGGCGUGGGAGGCCCCAGCGUCAUGGAGCCUAGUGACCCGGCGCAGCCGGGUCCAGGGAGGGCUGUUUGGGCGCUGUCGCCGCGGCUGCUGCUGCUGCCACUGUUGCCGGUGCUGCUGGGUCGGGGGCUGCGGGCUGGGGCCGCGGCCUCCUCUUCUGGGGCGGCGGCUGAGGACAGUAGCGCCAUGGAGGAGCUCGCCACUGAGAAGGAGGCGGAGGAGAGCCACCGACAGGAUAGCGUCAGCCUGCUCACCUUCAUCCUGCUGCUCACCCUCACUAUCCUCACCAUCUGGCUCUUCAAGCACCGCCGGGUGCGAUUCCUGCACGAGACCGGGCUGGCCAUGAUCUAUGGGCUCAUUGUCGGAGUGAUCCUGAGAUAUGGAACCCCUGCUACCAACAGUCAUGAUAAGUCACUCAGCUGUACUCAGGAAGACAGAGCCUUUAGCACCUUAUUAGUGAAUGUCAGUGGGAAGUUCUUUGAAUACACUCUGAAAGGAGAAAUCAGCCCUGGCAAGAUCAACAAUGUGGAGCAGAAUGACAUGCUGCGGAAGGUAACAUUUGAUCCAGAGGUAUUUUUCAACAUUCUGCUGCCUCCAAUUAUUUUCCAUGCUGGAUACAGUUUAAAGAAGAGACACUUUUUCAGAAAUCUUGGAUCGAUUCUGGCCUAUGCCUUUUUGGGGACAGCUGUUUCCUGCUUCAUUAUUGGAAAUCUUAUGUAUGGGGUGGUGAAACUCAUGAAGAUUGUGGGCCAGCUCUCUGAUAAAUUUUACUACACGGAUUGUCUCUUUUUUGGAGCAAUUAUCUCUGCCACUGACCCAGUGACUGUGUUGGCAAUCUUUAAUGAACUGCAUGCAGAUGUGGAUCUUUAUGCUCUUCUGUUUGGAGAGAGUGUCCUCAAUGAUGCUGUUGCCAUUGUACUGUCCUCGUCUAUUGUUGCCUAUCAGCCAGCAGGACUAAAUACUCACGCUUUUGAUGCUGCUGCCUUUUUUAAAUCAGUAGGCAUUUUUCUAGGUAUAUUUAGUGGCUCUUUUACCAUGGGAGCUGUAACUGGUGUUGUGACUGCUCUAGUGACCAAGUUUACUAAGCUGCACUGCUUCCCCCUGCUGGAGACGGCGCUUUUCUUCCUGAUGUCCUGGAGCACAUUUCUUUUGGCUGAAGCCUGUGGAUUUACAGGUGUUGUAGCUGUCCUUUUCUGUGGGAUUACACAAGCUCAUUAUACAUAUAACAAUCUGUCAGUAGAAUCGAGAAGUCGAAGCAAGCAGCUUUUUGAGGUGUUACACUUUCUGGCAGAGAACUUCAUCUUCUCCUAUAUGGGCCUGGCACUAUUCACCUUCCAGAAGCAUGUUUUCAGCCCAGUUUUCAUCAUUGGUGCUUUUGUUGCCAUCUUCUUGGGCAGAGCUGCACAUAUCUACCCACUCUCCUUCUUCCUCAACUUGGGCAGAAGGCAUAAGAUUGGCUGGAAUUUUCAGCACAUGAUGAUGUUUUCAGGCCUGAGGGGAGCAAUGGCAUUUGCACUUGCCAUCCGUGACACAGCAUCCUAUGCUCGCCAGAUGAUGUUCACAACCACGCUGCUCAUUGUCUUCUUCACUGUAUGGGUCAUUGGUGGAGGCACCACACCCAUGUUGUCAUGGCUCAAUAUAAGAGUUGGUGUGGAGGAGCUCUCCGAAGAGGACCAGAAUGAACACCGCUGGCAGUACUUCAGAGUUGGUGUUGACCCAGACCAAGACCCACCACCUAACAAUGACAGCUUUCAAGUCUUACAAGGGGAUGGCCUGGAUUCUGUUGGAGGAAGCCGGACAAAGCAGGAGAGUGCAUGGAUAUUCAGGCUAUGGUACAGCUUUGAUCACAAUUACUUGAAGCCCAUUCUCACCCAUAGUGGUCCCCCGCUAACCACCACUCUCCCAGCCUGGUGUGGCUUGCUAGCUCGAUGUCUAACCAGUCCCCAGGUGUAUGAUAACCAAGAGCCACUGAGAGAAGAUGACUCUGAUUUCAUCCUGACUGAGGGUGACCUCACCUUGACCUAUGGAGACAGCGCUGUGCCGGCAAACGGCUCCUCGAGCUCCUACACAGCCUCCACAAGUCUUGAGGGUGGUCGGAGAACAAAAAGCAGCUCUGAGGAAGUGCUUGAGCGAGACCUGGGAAUGGGAGAUCAGAAGGUUUCCAGCCGGGGCACCCCCCUUGUGUUUCCACUGCAGGAAAAUGCAUGACUUCCCCCUAAGUCUUGGAGGAUCAGGGAGACUCUCAGGAGGAUGAGGAUGGGCAAAUGCCCCAGUGUGUUUGAGGUGUGGCAUUGACUGGGUUAAACUAAUGCUUCUGUUUCAUUGGGUCCUGAAACUAUCAUCACCCAAACUUUACCCAAGACUCAUAUGGUGAAGCUAAAGUGUCUCUAAAUUAAGACAAAGGCAGACCUCUUCCCACUUUUUCAUAGUUAAACAAAAUAAUAGCAUGCUUUAAUAGUUUCUCACUUCAUCUGCCUGCAGCAUCUGACCAUGGUGGGGCGGAUAAGGGGCUUCAACUCUGUGCUGUAGUGCCAGUCUAGCUGGCUUAAGGAGCAUCAAGUUGGAAUGACAAGUUAGACAAAAGACAGUGAAAAAAGGAAACUGAAAUCAGAAUCCCGAUGGUACCAGAUGCUGGUGUUACCCCAAACAGUAGAGCCCCUGUCUCUGAAGACUUACACAAUUGCAUCCUUCUGUCAGAGUCCUAGCUGUUCUAUCUGUGUUGCUCCUAGACUGAAGAUUAGGAAGCUUGUCCAUAGGCUGGGGCAUUAGCUCAGUGGCAGAGUGCUAGAGUACUUGCCUACAAUGUACAAGACCUUGGGUUCCAUUCCCAGCACUGCAAAAAGUGUGUGUGAGGAGUUUCCAAGAGCAUUUCAGUAUGGGGAAAGAAGUCUUGUUCCUUCUCUGGAAGCCUCUAUAAGAGAGUUACUGAAAUGUUUAAAACCAAAAGCAAAUCAUGUUCUGUUCUUUUUUAAUUAAUCUGAGGACAGGAGGUAUUGAGAAACUGAUGAUGAUACCACUGGAACACUCACCUGACUUUGGAGGCUACUAUGUGAGCCCACUGCCUGGAAGGUUCUGCAUGUCACUGAGCUACAAUAAGCAUGCUUCGAAGACUUAUACCUGCAUGAAUUCGACAGUUCCCCAAGUAGAUGCUAAUCAACUAUCAGGUCAGACAAGGAGCCACAGUCCUGCCAAGUAGAUCUCCAUCUCCAUGCUCCUACAGAUGCUUAGAACUUUUGACCUGCCUCCCUUCCUUUCAAAUUUUCUGGUCUUGCCUGGAGAGUGGAGGUUAUGUGCUGAAGAUACUUCUUUAUCCUGUUCUUCUUCACCUACUCAUGCCAGGUGAGGAACCAUGGAGAGAGACUACCCAAAGCUACUUAACAGAUGCUCAAAAUAAGAGUUGGCACUUAGCACUUGGGCUGAGAGCUGAGAUUUCCCGGUAUUCAGCAAGUUCAAUCCUCAUGGCUAUGUUAAUAUUUCCCAGCUUAUUGUCACAGCCUUCCUCCAGGACCACUUCCAGAGCAAAUGGGCUGGCACAUGUGGUAGUCUCCUUUUCAAUGGACAUGACUUCUGGUGGAGGCUUCUCUUAGCUACUCAACUGGGAACCACACUGUAAAUGACACUAACAUCUGAGGCUUAUCUGAUAGCCCAGGUUAAGCUUUCUUGACCUUCCUGAUUGCACUUCAAAUCAGUGAAAUACUGAGCCAAGGAAAAAGGAAAUGACUGAUAGUGUUGACAAUGGAGCCAUUAAGUUGUUUUGUUGUAAGGGACUCUUAGAGGCAAUGGUAAGAUAAUUCUCAAAAUGUGGGAGUGCCAGCAUCUCUUCAUUGUGGCUCUGAAACAAAGUAUAAUUAGAAAUGGUUAGUUUGCUCAUUGAAGCAUGGCGCGUGCACACACACACACACACACACACACACACACACACACACACACACACCCCUCCCUGAAAAUGGACUUCAUUUAUGAAACAUAAAUGUCAAACAUAAUUUCCAGACUUGCAAUCUAAAGUAUUAAGUGGCACUGGCAAGGAAUUGCUAUAGUCUCAGCCUUAUUUAGCUUGAAACAACUCUCAAGUCAAAAAAUGGGUCGAAUUGAAAAAUCAAAGCAGAAAACUCUUACCUAGGAAGCGUAUAUGGAAGUUUGGGGAAAAGCUAAGAACCCAGAUAGCCUCAGAGAAUGGCUGAGAAGACCUUGGUCUGGCUAUUCCUACCAUCUAGCCAUCGUGGGAGGAAUUCAGACUGAAACUUCAAUGUACUUGAUAAUUCAAGUCCUAGGAUUGACCAAUGCCAAAAUUAAAUGCCCAUUAGAUCUCCUCCAAUAGAGUAGAAUGAAAUAAUAACAUUCUCAAUCUUAUUAUAAUCUCCACAACUAAAAAUCCCCCAAAUUUCUGAUCUUACUUGAGAAUAAAUGAAUGCACACUAAACCAGUAUUAAUAAAACUGACAUUGUUGCAUACAAUUAUAGUUUAAACAUUUUUAAUGUAUGUGUACAUGCCUGCAUGAGUUUAUGUGCACCACACAUGUGCAGAGCAUAGAUGUCCAAGAAGGUCAUCAGAUCCCGUGGAACUGGAGUUACAGUGGAUUCAAGCUGCCUGUUAUAGGAUGUUGGGAACUGAAUCUGGGUCUUCUGCAAGAGCUCUGAA